AUGUCUCACUCGAUCCUCCUCACAGGCGUCUCGGGCUACCUCGGCGGCAGUCUCCUGGCCCAGCUAGGCAAUACAGACGCGCACGCCCUCCCGGCACACAAAUACAAGAAACUCUACGCCCUAGUCCGGACCGACUCGCAAGCCUCGGCCGUGCAGGCGUACGGCGCCGAACCGCUCCGCUUCGACGUCAAGGACGCAUCGGCCGUGCGGGCGGCGCUCCUCGAGCACGACAUCAGCGUGGUCUUCUUCCUGAUCGACGCCCUCACGGCCACGACGCAAGCCCACUUCAUCGACGCCCUCGGCGAGGUCAAGGCCAAGUUGAGCGGCACCGCCGUCACCGACGUCCACUUCCUGCACACCAGCGGCGCCAAGAUCUUCUCCAGCCACGCGGGCGCCCCGACCGAGGGCCCCUUGUUCGACGACGACCCGGCCCUGUACGACGUGCAGAAGGCCCAGCGGCCGGUCGUCCCGCUUCUCCAGUCGGCCAUCGACGCCAACACCACGGUCGUCGAGCGCGCCGAGGCCCGCGGCGUGCGCUGCUACAUCUUCGUGCCUUGCAUCGUGUACGGCCGUGGCCGCGGGUUCGGGAACCGCAUCUCCAUCCAGACGGUCGCGAUCGUCAAAGCCGCCAGGGCUGCGCGCAGGGUUUAUUCCGUAAACGACCCGCCUUCGGCCGCGGUUUGGCCCGUAUGUCACGUCGACGACAAUACAAGUCUGUAUCUCGCGUUGCUGGAUGCCAUCUUGGCGGGGAAGAGUCCCCCAUCUGGCAAGCAAGGCUACUAUCUUGCUUCUUCGGGGAGUAUCCUUUGGGACGACUUGUACCGGGCAAUGGCACGCCGGUUGGCCGAGAGAGGCGUGGUCGAUCAUCCGGAUGUACUUCCCGCGGAGGGCAACGUGGAUGUAUUGACGACGAUGGGGAAGGGGCUGGGAUGUCCGCCGGCGUUGGUCGCGCUGAUGUUGGGAGGGAGAUGCACGUUCACGGCACGACAUGCUGGGGCGGAACUCGCGUGGACGCCGCGAUUCAAGCCCGAACAUAUCCUCGAGACGGCGGCCGAGGAGGUCGAUCUGAUACUGGACAAUCUGGCGGACUCGUGA